AAUAAACUCCGCGAUGAUUCCCCCGCCUUGCCCGCCGGCGAGGAUGACCUGACUGGGAUGUGACCGCCUCUCCCCACCCCACCUUUUUUGUUUGUUUGUUUGUUUUUUGGUUUUUUGUAUUUUUUUAUACCCCCCCUCCAUAUAUAUAUAUACACAGACGCACAUGUAUAUAUAUAUAUAAAUCUCUAAAGAAACCACGGUCUGGGGGAGGGGCGGGGAGCUCGGAUCAUGGCCCUGGGGCUGCCGGGGCUGCCGAUCGGUCUCUGGGCUGCGGGGCGCAGCGAUGGGGCUGAAGGCGCGGCGCGGCGCGGCGGGCGGUAGCGCGGCCGGCGGGGCUGCGGGGCGGCGGGCGCCGGGCGGCGACCCCGAGCACGGCUCGCUCGCCCUGGGAGCCGGCGGCGACCGCGACGGGACGCUGCUCUUGGAGGGCGGCGGGAAAGAGGAGGGAGGCAAGAGGAGCCCGCCGGGGCUGGGGCUGCUGGCCAAGACCCCCCUGAGCCGCCCGGUGAAGCGGAACCACGCCAAGUAUCGCCGCAUCCAAACUUUGAUCUACGACGCCCUGGAGCGACCCCGAGGAUGGGCGCUGCUCUAUCACGCCUUCGUAUUUCUGAUUGUCUUGGGGUGUUUGAUCUUAGCUGUCCUGACUACUUUCAAGGAGUAUGAAACUGUUUCUGGAGACUGGCUCCUCUUGCUGGAAACAUUUGCCAUUUUCAUCUUUGGAGCAGAGUUUGCUUUAAGAAUUUGGGCUGCUGGGUGUUGCUGUCGCUACAAAGGAUGGAGGGGGAGACUCAAAUUUGCCAGGAAGCCUUUGUGCAUGCUGGAUAUCUUUGUGCUGAUUGCUUCAGUGCCUGUGGUUGCUGUUGGGAAUCAGGGCAAUGUUCUGGCCACGUCUCUGAGAAGCCUGCGCUUCCUUCAGAUCCUACGGAUGCUCCGAAUGGACAGGCGGGGAGGCACAUGGAAGCUUUUGGGAUCCGCCAUUUGUGCACAUAGCAAAGAACUCAUCACUGCUUGGUACAUUGGGUUCCUGACACUCAUCCUAUCCUCAUUUCUUGUUUAUCUGGUUGAAAAAGAUGUUCCUGAAAAGGAUGCUAAUGGGGUGGAGAUGAAGGAAGAGUUUGAAACAUAUGCAGAUGCGCUAUGGUGGGGGCUGAUCACCCUUGCUACAAUUGGGUAUGGUGACAAGACCCCCAAAACAUGGGAGGGGCGGCUGAUUGCAGCUACGUUCUCUCUCAUUGGAGUGUCUUUCUUUGCUCUUCCUGCAGGCAUUUUGGGCUCAGGGCUGGCACUGAAAGUCCAGGAGCAACAUCGUCAGAAACAUUUUGAGAAAAGAAGAAAGCCAGCAGCUGAACUCAUUCAGGCUGCCUGGAGAUACUAUGCUACUAACCCCAACAGGAUUGAUCUAGUUGCUACCUGGAGGUUUUAUGAAUCAAUCGUAUCAUUUCCAUUUUUCAGGAAAGAGCAACUGGAUGGUACUGCCAGUAAUGUCAUGUUUAGUAGGGAGUCAUUCUUUGGAUCAAGCCUCACAAGAAAACUUAGCCAAAAGCUGGGUCUCUUGGAUCGGGUUCGUGGUACCAAUACUAAAGGAAAGCUAUUUACCCCUCUGAAUGUAGAUGCCAUUGAAGAAAGUCCUUCAAAAGAGCCUAAGAAUGUUGUCUUGAAUAAUAAGGAGCGUUUUCGCACUGCAUUCCGAAUGAAAGCGUAUGCUUUUUGGCAAACCUCAGAAGAUGCAGGAACAGGGGAAAACAUUGCAGAAGAGAGAGGCGACAGUAGCGACUUCCUUAUGGAAGAUAUGAUCCCCACAUUCAAGACAGCCAUCCGAGCUGUCAGAAUACUACAGUUUCGUCUCUAUAAAAAAAAAUUCAAGGAGACUUUGAGGCCUUAUGAUGUAAAGGAUGUGAUAGAGCAAUAUUCAGCAGGGCAUCUUGAUAUGCUUUCCAGAAUAAAGUAUCUUCAGACAAGAGUAGAUAUGAUUUUUACACCUGGACCUCCAUCUACUCCCAAGCAUAAGAAAUCCCAAAAGGGAGGAGCUUUUUCUUACCCUUCACAACAGUCUCCCAGAAAUGAUCCAUAUGUAGCCAAAGCAUCUACAGCAGAUACUGAAGACCAAAGUAUGAUGGGCAAAUUUGUUAAAGUUGAACGACAGGUGAACGACAUGGGGAAGAAACUGGAUUUUCUUGUUGAUAUGCAUAUGCAUCAUAUGGAGCAGCUGCAAGUACAAGUUGCUGAGAUAAGUCCAUUGAAAGACACUGCUUCUCCUGCAAAGGAGAAGAGAGAAGACAACAAAUAUUCUGAGUUAAAAACAAUAAUAUACAAAUACACUGAGCAGUGUGCUCAUGAAAGUCCUUACAAUUUCCAGCAGGUUCCAGUCAACAAAGUCAGUCCUUAUGGUUUCUCAGCACAUGGUCAUAUGACUCAUUCACAAGCUUUAUCAAUAGGUGGGCAAAACUCUGGCAGACUGCAAGCCACACCUUCCUCAACUUCAUAUGCAGAAAGGCCAACAGUUUUACCUAUAUUUACGUUAAUGGACUCCCAGGUUAGUUACCACUCUCAUGGAGACCUGCAAAGCCCUUACUCAGAUAAGGUGUCUCCAAGGCAGAGAAGGAGCUUAACGAGAGACAGUGAUACUCCGUUAUCCCUUCUCUCUGUCAACCAUGAAGAACUUGAGCGCUCCCCAAGUGGCUUCAGUAUCUCCCAAGAGAGAGAUGACUUCCCAUUUGGCCUCAAUGGGGGAUCAGCAUGGAUGAGAGAGAAACGCUACUUAGCAGAGGGGGAAACGGACACAGACACCGACCCUUUUACACCAAGUGGCUCCAUGCCGUUGUCUUCUACCGGAGAUGGGAUUUCAGAUUCAGUAUGGACACCUUCAAAUAAGCCACUAUAAAAGUGCGUGUGGGGGCAGUCACUGGUUGACUUCUCCAUGUAAUGUAAGCAUACUUUGUAAAUCUCACUUACUGUACACCCAAAGCUUACUAGUUCAAAACACCAAUGGCUGCAUAAGAUGCAUGUGAUAUUAGUGGUAGUCAUUCUGCACCAUUUCAUACAAUUUACUAAUGCAGUUUUUUUCAUGCUACCAAAACUAAGGAGCUUAGUUUUGAGCAUGGUUUGCAUGACUUUACCCUAUAUAAAUGGUACAGCUGAUUUCUUCUAUGAUACAUAUCUAUCUGAUACUCUUCAAUACAAGAAUGGUGAAUUGAUAACAGGUGAGAUACAGUGGUCCUUGCUACAUUAAGUAAACAGAGCAGCAAAGUAAAUAACUUUUCAGGAGCAAUAUCCCUUUGUGGAAACAUAACAUCUGAAUGCAUUUUCUAAUAUAAGUAAAUCAAUCUCUAAUGAACAUAGCCAAGAACAUCUAAUAUUCAAAGCAGAGAAAAAGCUGAGUCAAAGUAAAUGUUCUUACUGAAAUUAUUUUGUGAACUAAAUAUUUCUCGUGCGAUCUAUUAUAGAACUUACUCAUGAAAUACAAUGUCAAAAUGAAAUUAGGGAUAGAAUUUAAAGUUAUUGAAGACACCUCCUGGGAUUGGUCAUGGAUAUUUAUUUAUUGUAAAAUGCAAAUAUAAAUCCCUCAAACUACUUUGAAUAUCACCACUAUUGUUUAUAAAAUGCUCAAAGCAUGACUGCAAUGCAAUUUUGUAGAAAAUUUUUGCUAAUCCUGUUUGUUACUUACGGGGCCAAAUUUUCUUUCUGUUCCAAUAAUAAGGUUGUUCAGUGUAAGGAAUUCCAGGUUUAUACACUUCACUCUUUUAUUCACUUAUGUGCUGCUAAAUAAGGGGAAUAAUGUGAUUGUGCCUCCGUUUCCCAAUCUGUUAAUUGGGAGUUAUACUUCCAUACAUAUGUACAGAUUGUAAGGCUCAAUUCACUGAUAUUUGCCAAGCGCUUUGAUCUCCUCAGAUGUGCAAAGUAUUGCUAUUCUCUUCCCUGUGAUUUCCACGAUGUGGGAUGGUGCCAGGAUCUGUUUCUCACUGUUUACUCUUUCUUUGGAAAUGGACAGCUCCAAAUCCAUUAACGUGUGCCAUAUUUAAGAUCAAUGUACAAAUAAAUAAAUAAAUACCAUUCUUGUCACCUGUCCCUGAGCAACAGAGGGAUAAGUAUGCUCCCUAUGCCUCAGCCAAAUAUUUUUUCAUAGGAAGUGGAAAUUAUGUUGAGGGAGAGCAGGGAAACAAUCCAGGCCACUUGAAAUGGGGCAGAAAUGCAUCAAAGAUCUCACCACUACAAUGGGAAUGUAGUAUCUAUACAACUAAUGAAACCUACCUGUCCAAACAUGCUGUGCAGGAUUCAUUUGAUGUCAGUCCAGGUGUCUAUGAAACAGUGCAUUUGAUGUUAAGUUUGAUGGCUAUGCACUUUUUACAGUUGGUGAAAAACUGAUCAGUGAGCACAGGGAACAAGAACCAAAGCACACAUCAUCUUUAGGAUGAGAUUAAUCUCAUUUUAAAACUCAGUUAUCUACACUGACUAAUUUUGUACCAACUUUUUAAGGGAAAGAGGAGAUGACUUGUUUAGUUGCCAAAUGAUCAGGGACACCCACAGUCCAUGGGAAAGCUCUCACUCCUACUCCACUGAUCCAAGGAGCAACCUCUCUACCACGGCUCAUGUCCACUUCCUGAUGAGGAUGACCUCUGUCACACACCAUGACUUCAUCCCCAUGAAGUCCCCACUAACCAACAAAGAUACAAGGAUUUGGCCCAUGAGAGAUUUUAGAAGGCGAACUUUCUGUAGUGACUGCUUGUAUUAUACUGCAGCUGCACAGCUGAGUAUCAUUGGCACAUCAAAGCAGAGCACGAGAAAGAAAUACACAUUACCGGACUUCCCAUGUGUGACUGGGCAUUACACAGGCAUGGACAGAGUGUACUUAAAUAGAAGAUGACUUGUUGGGUUUUGCCCAGUGUAUUAAACUUAAUGUUUGCUUUCUCGGUCUUGUUGAUAUCACAUAACAGUCAUUCCAUCCAGAGAGCUUCUGUUCUCUUCCAGAUGAAGGCAUUGCCUUCAUCUUCAUUGUUUAUUCUCUGUUUAAAGAUCCAUCUAAAUUAUUCUGAUCUUCUUACUUCACCAGCUUCUUCAGCUAAAUUGUGAUACAUCCUUCUGGAACA